UGGCCUUGUGCUGAACUGUAUGUUUGAAAAUUCCAUGUUCUUUUGCGACUCUGCAGUCUGCAUGCAUUCCUUUUUGGGUACCGAAUCAAACUCUAAUCUAUUCCGCCCCAAUUCCUUUUCCUGGAUCCCAUACAAAACAAAGCUCUUAUUCGUUUCAAAGCAAAAGAAGAAGGAAAACAUUCCCAGGAUUUGGAUUUCGCAGUGUUUCUCUCUCUUGCAAGUGUAUUCGGUGGUUGCUUGGAACUGAUUUGGUCAACGAUGAGGCCAAGCGAACCGAUCGGUCAACGGGUUCGAGCAGUCGUGAGGAAUUGAAGCAAUUAUUUUGGUUCUAGCUAUCCUUGAAGGGGUUCGGGAUAAAGAAUGAAGAGUUAUGCUUUGAAUUUGGAUUAGAAAUAAUGGAGCGGCUGAUUUUUUCGGUUCCCGUUUGCGCUUUUUAUCUCUGGUCUAUUCUGGUGUUUGGUUUCGUAUCAAAGGUCUCUGCUAAUGCGGAAGGUGACGCCUUGAAUGCAUUGAAGACCAACUUAGACGAUCCUAAUAGUGUUCUGCAAAGUUGGGAUCCUACCCUUGUGAAUCCCUGCACAUGGUUUCACGUAACGUGUGAUAGCAACAAUAUGGUGACACGAGUUGAUCUUGGAAAUGCAAAUCUAUCUGGUCAGCUAGUUCCACAACUUGGUCAGCUUGAAAACCUGCAAUACUUGGAACUUUAUAGUAAUAAUAUAAGUGGAAUUGUUCCUGAGGAGCUUGGGAAUUUGACAAACUUGGUGAGCUUGGAUCUUUACUUGAACAAAUUAAGUGGAGGCAUUCCACCCACAUUGGGCAGGCUUUCAAAACUUCGAUUUCUGCGUCUCAACAACAACACCUUGAAAGGAAAAAUUCCUGUGAGUUUAACGACUGUUAUGUCACUCCAAGUCCUAGAUCUGUCAAACAACAACCUAACAGGAAACAUUCCUGUUAAUGGUUCCUUUUCAUUAUUUACUCCUAUCAGUUUUGCAAAUAAUCAACUCAAUUAUUCUUCAAUUCCUCCACCUUCUCCUAUACCUCAAACGCCACAAGCUUCUUCUCCGGCUAGUGCCACAGGACCAAUUGCUGGAGGAGUUGCUGCUGGAGCUGCUCUGCUUUUUGCUGCCCCUGCAAUUGCACUUGCUUGGUGGAGACGAAGAAAGCCACAGGAUCAUUUCUUUGAUGUACCUGCUGAGGAAGAUCCAGAAGUUCAUCUGGGCCAGCUUAAAAGGUUUUCUUUGCGUGAGCUGCAAGUUGCAACAGAUAACUUUAGCAAUAAAAACAUUCUGGGAAGAGGUGGAUUUGGUAAAGUUUACAAAGGACGCUUGGCGGACGGUUCUCUAGUGGCUGUAAAAAGGCUUAAAGAGGAGCGUACCCAGGGUGGGGAGUUGCAGUUCCAAACAGAGGUAGAAAUGAUUAGCAUGGCUGUGCAUCGUAAUCUGCUUCGUCUACGUGGUUUUUGUAUGACACCAACAGAACGAUUGCUUGUAUACCCCUUUAUGGCUAAUGGAAGUGUAGCAUCAUGUUUAAGAGAGCGUCCGGAAUCUCAGCCCCCCCUUGAUUGGCCCAAACGGAAAUGUAUUGCAUUAGGAUCUGCAAGGGGGCUUGCUUAUUUGCAUGAUCAUUGCGAUCCUAAAAUUAUUCACCGUGAUGUAAAAGCUGCAAAUAUAUUGUUAGAUGAAGAAUUUGAAGCUGUUGUUGGAGACUUUGGGUUGGCUAAACUUAUGGAUUACAAAGAUACUCAUGUGACCACUGCUGUACGUGGCACCAUUGGGCAUAUAGCCCCAGAGUAUCUCUCAACAGGAAAAUCUUCAGAGAAAACUGAUGUUUUUGGGUAUGGGGUCAUGCUUCUUGAACUGAUAACUGGUCAAAGGGCUUUUGAUCUCGCUCGGCUUGCAAACGAUGACGAUGUUAUGCUACUUGAUUGGGUGAAAGGUCUUUUGAAAGAUAAGAGGUUAGAAACAUUGGUCGAUCCAGAUCUGCAGGGUAAUUAUAUUGAUGAUGAGGUGGAGCAGCUGAUCCAAGUAGCCUUACUUUGCACAUUAGGGGCUCCAAUGGAACGACCAAAGAUGUCGGAGGUAGUUAGAAUGCUUGAAGGUGAUGGAUUGGCAGAAAGAUGGGAGGAGUGGCAGAAGGAGGAAGUUUACCGUCAGGAUGGAAAUAACUUCACCCACCCAAGUGCCGGUUGGAUCAUCGACUCUGCUUCCCACAUCCCUCCAGAUGAAUUAUCGGGUCCUAGAUGAUACUUUCAUGGUUCCAUUCUUGGCAUACAUAUGAAGUUUACCAAAUGGCAUUGUGAAAAAAUAGGUGCUAGGAAACAGGCAGGAAGGGCCGUGGAAGCACCAUCAUUUGUCAUCUUAUGUAAUCCAAAACUGAUUUAAGCUUGUACACGAAUCAUUCCACUCAUAUAUUUUUCAUCACAACAUUGCUUUCACAGCAAAAAUCUUAAACUCACCUCGUCCCUGUAAUUGAUGCUUUAUCCUGUGCAGUAAUGGUUUAUGAAAUAUGAAAAUUUUAUUUG